AUGGAAACAUCCCAUUCAAUGAAGAUAUUCAUGCUUCCCUUUUUGGCUCCGGGUCAUCAAAUCCCCAUGGUUCAUGUGGCACAACUCCUUUCCUCACGUGGCCAUCACGUGACCAUCCUCACCACCCCUUCCAAUGCCCACCUCUUGGCGGAGGCGGACAAGACCAUCACUGUUACCAUCCACACCCUCCACUUCCCCUCCGACCAAGUAGGCUUCCCUCUCGGCGUCGAAAACCUCUCAGCCGCUGACAACACCACCGCUAGCAAGAUCUACUCGGCGGCGCACCUCAUCCGAUCGGAAGUGGAGUCCUUCAUGAAGCAAUCGCCACCGGAUGUGUUCAUCCCGGACACCAUGUACACGUGGAGUAGAGACGUCGCGAACCGCCUGGGAAUCCCCAGGGUGAUCUUCAACACUUCCUUCAUCUUCCACGUUGCCGUUAUGGAAGCCAUUAGAUCUCACCCCGAAAUCCUCGUUGAUUGCAAUGACACUGCUCCUUAUGCCAUCCCUGGCCUCCUUCAACCCAUCACCUUCUCUGUGAAGCCCUCACCGGGAUACCUUCAACACAUGGAGUCCAUGGUUGACUCCGAAAGUGACAGCCUCGGAGUCAUCGUGAACAGCUUCAAGGAGCUCGACGGCGAUUACACCCAACGCUACGAGAUCAUCACCGGUCGGAAAGUGUGGCAGCUUGGUCCUACUUUCCUCAUGGUGCAGAAAACACUACCACUUGGGCAGCGAAGUAGCGAUGCUAGCGAAGGUGAAAACGAGUGCUUGAGAUGGCUUUCUAUGAAAAAGGAGGGUUCCGUGGUCUAUGCUUGCUUUGGCAGCUUGCUUCAUCUGCCAGACAAGAAGCUUUUCGAGAUAGCGGCAGGCCUCGAGGCUUCGGGACACCAGUUUGUUUGGGUGGUGCGUAGGAACAAAAGAAAGAAAGGUGAUGAAGAUGAAACAGAGGAGAAGUGGUUACCGGAUAGGUUUGAAGAGAGGAUGAAGAAGGAAGAGAGAGGGAUGGUGAUAAGAGGGUGGGCGCCACAGGCGUUUAUCUUGAAGCAUGUUGCUGUGGGAGGUUUUUUGACACACUGUGGGGCGAGCUCUGUGAUAGAAGUGGUGAGUGCGGGGGUGGUGACCAUAACGAUGCCGACAAUUACGGACCAAUUCUCCAACGAGAAACUGAUGAGCCAGGUGCAUGGCGUCGGGGUGGAGGUGGGUAGAGCUGAGUGGAGCUUAUCGUCGUUCGAUGAGAAGAAGAGAGUAGUGAGUGCGAAGAUGAUAGAGAAAGCGGUGAGGAAGGUGAUGGACGGUGGAGACGAGGCGGAGAAGAUGAAGAAGAAGGCGAAGGAGAUGAAAGAGAAGGCUCUGAGAGCGGUUGAAGAAGGUGGAUCCUCGCAACAUAGUUUGUUGGAAAUGAUUCAACAACUUGAGAGGCUUACGUCCUCCGCUUCUGCUUCCACCAUCCUUUAA